AUGCUCCACAUCCAGGGGCAGGAGCAAGGGUGGCAUUGCUUUUUGCUCUUGUGCCAUCUGCUUCAUGCAGUGGUGCCCUGAUGAGCAGCCUAGCCGGAUCGCCAUGCACCCAGAUGUUUUCAUGACCCACACAGCUCUGAUAGGAAGAAAACUGCCUGUGCUGACCACGACCUGAAGGUCACCAAGGUUGACUUCCUCAAGAGCCAGAACUCGGUCCAGCACCACACGGAUGCGUACGAAACGACAAGCCUGGUGGUGCGCCGAGGACAGCCUUUCCUGCUGCAGCUCACCCUCAGCAGGGAGCUGCGGGCCACUGACAAGCUGGCACUGCAUUUCAGCAUAGGGGAGAGGCCAAUGAAGCCCCUGGGGACCCUGAUGUCGCUGAACCCCAGGAGCACGAGGGAUCUCAGUGGGUGGCAGAUCACCAUCACCAAGUCCAGCGGCACGGGGUGCCUGCUGUCCGUCACCAGCGCAGCUGAUGCCCCAGUGGGAAAAUAUGGCCUGACUGUAAAGACUGGAUCUAACACUCACAAGCCCGAAAACAAUGCUGUCUACCUUUUGUUCAACCCCUGGUGUGAAGCUGAUAUCGUCUUCCUGUCCAAUGAGGCUGAGAGAAAUGAGUAUGUGCUCAACGAUACGGGUUACAUCUAUGUUGGGUCUGCAUACAACAUACACGGUAGACCCUGGAAUUUUGGGCAGUUUGAGGAAUCCAUCCUGGAUGCCUGCAUGUACCUGCUGGACAAAAGUAAACUGAAGAUGAGCAGUAGAAGGGAUCCUGUUAUUGUGUCCAGAGCCAUGUCUGCUUUGGUGAAUGCCAAUGAUGAAAACGGUGUCCUGCUGGGGAACUGGUCAGGGAAGUACGAAAACGGGACCUCUCCCAUGGCAUGGAUUGGGAGCGUUGCCAUUUUACAGCAGUAUUACAAAACGAAGAAGCCAGUUGGUUUCGGUCAAUGCUGGGUCUUUUCAGGAGUCCUCACUACAGUCAUGCGCUGCCUGGGGAUCCCAGCCCGGAGCGUGAGCAACUUCAACUCGGCGCACGACACGGACGAGAACCUGAGAGUUGACGUCUACCUGAACGAAAAGGGAGAGAAGCUGAAAUGGAUGUCCGUCGACUCCGUCUGGAACUUCCAUGUGUGGAAUGACGUCUGGAUGAAGCGGAGGGACUUGCCUUCAGGGUUUGAUGGCUGGCAGGCAAUCGAUUCAACCCCUCAGGAGCAAAGCCAAGGUAUUUUCCAGUGCGGCCCGUGCCCACUGAAGGCUAUCCGAGAUGGGGACGUAUAUUUGCCCUAUGACAGCAAGUUUGUGUAUGCGGAAGUGAACGCCGACAAAGUCUAUUGGCGUGUGAAGGAGGAGAACGGCACGAACAAGUACAUCAAGCUGAACGUGGAGAGCCAGAGCAUCGGCGCCAAUAUCAGCACAAAAGCUGUGGGGCAGAACCGUCGGGAAGACAUCACCUGGCAGUACAAGUUCCCUGAAGGCAGCUCAGAGGAAAGGGCAUCCAUGCAGAGAGCGAGCUCCUUCCUACAACCUUCAGGGUUGGUACCUCGUGCAGGCUUCGCUGCGAUUCGUCCCAUGGCCAUGGGCUUAGACAACGUGGAUGGCAGGGCUAUGGUCCAAAAUGAGGUGGUCCCCAAGAGCGGGGUCGAGCUUGUGAUAACCAACGAAAAACCUUUGUAUCCUGGUGAACCGAUUGAAGUGGUCAUCACAGUGAAGAGCACUGCUGCUGGGAGCUGGACCGUUGCUCUUGCUGGCUCCUGCCAGCUGCAGUCCUACACUGGGAAAGUCGAUGCCAACCUUGGAUAUAUCAAGGAGACCGUCAAGCUGGAAGGCAAAUCCGAGGUACGCGUCCCUCUGAAGAUCGCACCUGAUGCAUACAUGAAGGCGCUGGCUACAGCGGAAGACGAAGAGUACGUCCACGUCACCGCCAUUGCCGAGAUCCAGGGGACACCUGAGAAGCUUACCAAGGAGGCGGCGCUGAGCUUCGAGUACCCCCCCAUCCAGGUCCAGAUGCCAGAAACAGGAAAGAUGAACAAGGACUUCACCUGCGCCUUCAUCUUCAAGAACAAGCUGAAUGUACCCCUGGACAACUGCAAGCUGAUGGUGGAGGGCUUGGGCAUAUUUAAGAUGGCAACAUUUGAGCAAGGGGAUGUACAGCCUGGUAGGAUCAUUAAGUCCGAAGUAAUCUGCACUCCGACGAGAGCAGGAGAGAAGAAGAUCGUGGCCAAGCUGACCUCAAACCAGGUCAAAGGGAUUUCGGUGGAGAAGGCCAUCACCAUCACCCACUAGGAGCAGUGCCUCAGUCGGGACAGAAGAGGACCCUGGAUGCGCCACAGCCGCGCUCUGCUGCUGCCGCUUGCCUCCUUGAUUGCAGGAUAGAGCUUGAUGAGC